AUGCAGGAUGCGAUAGACCAGGUGAUGGGCCAGCUGCAGGGCGGCGACGCCGGCGGCAGUGACGGCGACAGCGAUGGUGACGGCAGCGGCAGCAACGGGGACGGCGAGGGCGGCAGCGAUGGCGGUGGCAGCGACGGCAGCGACGCUGACCAGGACGAGGACGACUCUGGCAGCGAGCCCGGGUCCCCAGGCGUCAUCCUCGGCAUGGAGGAUGACGAGGAAGAGGACGAGCACGGGGAUGGGGACGAUUAUGAGUCGUGGUCGGCGUCAGAUGACGACGAGGCUGUUUACGAGCAGCUGGCCCGCGCCGCCGGCCUGGCGCCCGCCGCCAUGCACUCGGCGCUGCGUCAGCAUGACGUGACCCUGCUGCGCCCGCAGCCCGUCGCACACGUCGGCGUGCGCGCGCGGACGUACCACCACCAGACAGCCGACGCGCUCGCGUUUGUGCCGGGCGCGGCGGGCGGCGGGGGUUCCGGGGGCGCAGCCGGGGAUGGGGGCGCGGAGGGGGUCGUGGAGGAUAUAGUGGUGGCGUGCGGGCCGCGGCUGGCGCUGUGGCGGCUAGGGGCGGCGCCAGACGGGGCCAAGCUGCUGGCGGAGGCAACAACCUGCUUCCCGUCAACUUACAGCAUCGCAGUCUCUAGGGAUGGAUCCCUGGUGGCGGCCUGCACACCCACCGGCUCCCUCGUGGCGAUCUUCCAUCUGGAGCGCACCCCGCCGCCGCCCGCGACAGCAGCUGCGGCGCACGGGGCAGCGGAAGGCGGGGCCGCGCACGCGUGGGAGGCCGCGGCGGCCAGCGAAGGUGGCGCCAAGGGCGGGGCCGCCAGCGGCAGCGGCGCCGGCGGCGGCAAGGGCGGCGGCGGGGACGCCGGUGCCGGCGAUGCAGGGCGCUGGGGGACGGCGCGGCUGGAGCAUUAUGCGACGGUCCAAGCGAAGAGCGGCCGCGAGAGCAUGGCCAAUUGCGUCCGAUUCGGCAUGUUUGGCGGCAAGGAGAGGCUCCUGCUGGCCCACCAAGACGGUCUAUUGUACAUCCUCAACCUGCCCCCGCCCCGCACCCCGGCCUCCCGUGCUGCCGCCGCCGCGGCCGCCGCCGAGGCCGUCGCGCGCGGCUCGCUCGCGGCGCCGCGGAUGCGGGCCUUGCUAGAAGAGGCGGCGGCCGCGCUCGCCGCGCGCGGCCUGCCCAGCUGGCCGCGACGGCGAGGGGCGGGUUCCGCGGCUGGCAGCAACGGCGCACGGGAGCACGGGCGCUCGCCAGGCGGGCAGGAGGGCGCCCCUUCAUCGGACUAUGGAAAUCUAGAAGACAGCGGUUCCUGGGACGACAUCGACAACGAGAUCUGCCUGUCAGGAUCUGGGGAUGAUGACAGCGAAAGGGUGGAUGGCGGCUCGAGUGAAGGAGAGGCCGCCGGCCGCCGGCCCCGCACACUGCCCCCCGAGGGGGGCGCCGACGCGCGGCGCCGGCGGCGCGCGGCGCACGCGGAGAGGGCGCGCCGCGAGGCGCAGGCGUUUCGCCCGGCGAUGGCACGAGACGCGAAGUUCCGGGUCGUCAGGGCGGGGCCGCUCGAAGGCCAGCCGCAGCCGACGCGCCAAACGGUGCACGCGUCUCCGCAGGGGCAGACCGACGCCAUUCGCCACCUGGGCGGCCACCCGGCGCGCCCCGCGGGCCCCGGCGGCCCGGCCGGCGCGGCGGCGGCGCCGCGGCCGCUCAACACGGCGCAGCCCAGCCCGGACGGGCGCUGGCUGGCGGUGGGGCGAGACGAUCUGAGAGUGCCCCUAGUGCCGGCGGGCGUCGGGUAUGAGCGGGGCCGGCCGCGGCUGCUGUCGAUGGGCCUUCGGGACCCGACGGGCGACGUGGGGAUGCAUGAGAACGGCACCGUCGGCGUGCAGUACUGCGCCUUCAAUUCGGCCUCCUCCCUCCUGGCCGCGUCCUGCGACGCCCUACGGCUCGUGGCCGUCUGGGGCGUGCCUUCCGGGCAGCUUCUCUUCAGGUUCUCGGACCACGAGGCGCCGGUGCUGCCGCUGCGAUUUGCGGGGGAGCACAUUCUGGUGUAUGCUGAGGGGACACACACCACCAUCCACGUCAUCGACCUUAGGCCGGCGCGGCUGCCCGACCCCCACUUCCAAGCCAAGCGCGACGAGCUGGCCGCCGUCUGCGAACACAGGCUCGCGCCGCCCCGCGGCGCGCCCCGCGACGCGCGCGACCGCGCCCCCGGCCACGGCCACGGCGCCCCCGACGGCGGGGCGCACGCGCGCGCGGCGGGCACCCCGGCGGCGUGGUGCCUUGAGGAGUUGGUGGACGUGGCAGAGGCGUCUGUGGCGGACGAUUUCGAGGGCGUCGGCUGGCGGGUGCACGGGCUCGAGGUCACGCCGUCUGGGCGCGUCCUGGCCGCGCGGCAGGAGGACAUGUGGGAGUUUCGCCUCAUGGGACUGCACCCGUGGUCGCCCGAUACCCACCGCCACCACCACCCCACCUUCCGCGCGGCUGCGCGCCUGCUCCUGCUCGCCGCACACGGCGGGGCGGGCGGCGGCGGCGGCGGGAGCGAGGGGCGGGGCGAGGGGCAGGCGGGCGGCUGCCCCCUGGCGCGGCUGCCUGCACCCGUGCUGGAGGGCGUACUGCGCGCGGCGGCGCAGCCGCUGAGUGCGUGGGCGCGCGGGGAAACUUGGCGCGAUUCGACGUUGGUGGGCGGCUACGGCGGGCGGUCGUGGUGGGAGAUGCCGUCUGGGGUGCUGCACUCGCAGGACGAGCAGCCGCGGGGGAUGCCGGUGUGA